CGCACACACCAUGGCCCACUAGUCCAGUCCUUCUUCAGACCUCCAUUCUUGUGCGUCUGUGCCACCUUUUUCGCAAGCACUCUUCCUCUUCCUUCGCACGUCAUUUUCAUUCUUAAUGUUUUCUUUACCUUAAAACCUGUAGGGUCCAAAAAAUCACUAUAAAGUCACAUCAACCUUUUUUGCAUAAAAUUCUCUAGCAAAAUUUCACCUCACACUACAUUGUUCCCUCGUUUUCUCAAAGAAAAUCAACGAUUAAGAAGAAAGAGUAACGUUGUUGAACAUACUCACAGAACAAGUGCUACGUGAUCGCUUGAAAAAUAUUCUUCAAGAGGACGAGAUUUUUGUUUGUGACAUGACAUCUAGGAAGAGGAAUCGUGUUGCUGAUGAUGGAGGGAUUUCCUUUUCAAGGUGUGUCAAGAAAUUGGCCGAAGAAUACAAAGGAAAAACACGAGUGGAUCCUCAUGGGAAAAAUGGAAAAGGAGACGGAGAUAUUGUAUGUGACAAGUGUUUGCUUGAAGGAACACUCUUGUUCUGUUGUGGUAAAGGAUGUCAAAGGAGGUAUCACCCGUCUUGUUUGGAUCCUCUUCUCAAAUUUCUUCCUAUAGGGUUUUGGCAUUGCCUUUGGUGUGUUGAGAAAAAAAUAAAGCUUGGUGUGCAUUCUGUUUCUAAAGGGGUAGAAUCCAUAUUGGAUUCCCGAGAAGUCGUUUCAAAAGAUAAAGUGAUCCAAAGGGAGUACUUUGUCAAGUAUCAGGACCUCGCUCAUGCUCACAACUGUUGGAUUCCAGAAAAGCAAAUGCUUAUUGAGGCUCCAAAGCUUUUGAAAAAGUAUAAGAAUAGAAAACAGGUUGUCCGGUGGAAAAAAGAUUGGAGUAUACCUCACCGGUUGCUACUAAAAAGGGAAAUUAUACUGUCAAAGAAAAACGCGCACCUUUUUGAUGGGAAUGAUGACAACGAUUCAGUUUGCCAAUAUGAAUGGCUUGUGAAAUGGACUGGUCUUGGUUAUGAUCAUGUUACAUGGGAGUUAGACGACGCUUCCUUUAUGACUUCAUCUAAAGGCAAGGAACUCGUGGACAAUUAUGAAAGUCGUCAAAAGAAAUCAGAUGGACCGUCAACUCCUUUUGAAGCUAAUGAGGAGAGUAAAGUUUCCUUUACCGAAUUAUCAGAGCUAUCAUCUGGAGAUUCACCAGGAUUGUAUAACCAGCAUUUGAGUUAUGUGAACAGGCUGCGCAUGCAUUGGCACAAAGGUCAGAGUGCUGUUAUUGUUGAUGAUCAAAUUGACCAGGAGCGGGUUAGGAAGAUGAUUUUGUUUAUAUUAUCAUUGAGUUGCGAUGUGAAAAAGCCUUUUCUCAUCAUCUCAACUUCUACUGGCCUCUCUGCAUGGGAAAUUGAAUUCUUUCAUUUGGCACCAUCUGCCAAUCUUGUAGUUUACAAGGGAAAGGAAGAUGUACGCCGUAGAAUCAGGGCAUUAGAUUUUUAUAAUGAAGAUGGUGGUAUUUUAUUUCAAAUAUUACUAUCAUCAUCUGAUAGUAUCAGUGAGGACUUACAUGCUCUAAGAUGCAUUCCAUGGGAAGCAAUAGUAAUUGAUGAAUGCCAGCGACCCAUGAUUUUAAGACACAUUGACAAUUUCAAUAUUCUAGCAGCUGACAUAAGAAGGCUUCUUCUCGUUAGUGGACAAAUCAAGGAAGAUCGAGAUUAUAUCAAACUGCUUUCAUUCCUUAAGUCUGGACAUGAUGAGUUACAUUUCUCAUCUGCAAGCAUCUCCAAUUUGCAGAGUGAAUUGGAACAAUAUACUGUAUUGAAAUGCAAUUCUGUCUCCAGCAGGUUUAUCGAGUAUUGGGUUCCUGCUCAGUUUUCCAGUAUGCAGCUUAAGCAGUAUUGUUCAAUGCUGCUUUCAAACUCAAUGUUGUUAUGCUCUGGCCAAAGGUCUGACUCUGUUGGUGCCCUCCGUGAGCUUGUCAUCUCAACAAAGAAGUGCUGCAACCAUCCUUAUCUCCUCAACCCGUCACUGAAUAAUUUAGUCACUAGAGGUCUGCCUGUCGAAGAGCAUUUUAAUAUUGGAAUAAAAGCAAGUGGAAAAUUGCAACUUCUUGAAAAGAUCCUUUUUGAAGCUAAAAGUCGUAAGCUAAGAGUGAUCAUAUUAUUUCAGUCUAGUUGUGGUUCUAGAUCAAUUGGAGAUAUUUUGGACGAUGUUCUCUGUCAUAGAUUUGGAGAAGAUUGCUAUGUACGAUAUUGCAAGGAUUACAUUCCUUCAAAGAAUCAAGCUGCUUUGGACACAUUUAAUGACAGAGAAAGUGGAAAAUUUGUUUUCUUGAUAGAGAACCGUGCUUGUACCUCUAGCAUUAAGCUCUCAUCUGUCGAUACCAUUAUAUUAUUUGACAGUGAUUUGGACCCGCAAAAUGACCUAAAAUGCGUACAAAAAAUGUCAAUCAGCUCAAACUUCAAACAGCUAACAGUCUUGAGAUUGUACUCAUACUUAACUGUUGAAGAAAAGGUUUUAGCGCUUGCAAAAGAGGGUAUAGCUCUCGACAGAAAUAUGCAGCUAAACCAGAGCAGUAUUCACACCCUGCUUAAAUGGGGUGCCUCUUAUCUGUUCAGCAAGUUUGAUGAUUUACAUGGAAGUGGCACCUCAGUCUCUGCUUCAGGCAUCUCUGAUCAGUCAAUUCUAAAUGAUGUAAUCUGCGAAUUAUCAUGCAAAUUGGCUUCUGAUAGCGAUGCCACUCAUUCUCACAGACAGUCUUUCAUAUCGAGAGUAAAACAGAAUGGCGGGGAAUAUGCAAGGAAUAUUUCACUUCUAGGAGAGAGGGAAAUGAUGAAAUUGGGCAAUGAUACACAUACUUUUUCCUGGAGUGAUCUCCUCAAAGGAAGGAAACCUCACUGGAAUUUUUUGCCUGUUUCGUCUCAAAGGAUCAGAAAAACAGUUGAACAUUUUCCUCACACAGCGAAAGGACCUAAACAAGAAAAUGAUGCCAUUAUAAGGAAGAAAAGGACAGAGUCCAAGGAUAAUGUUUUUCCCAUAAGAAAGAACGUGUCCAAGGAUAAUGUAGAUCCUGAGAAGAGGGAAAUCACCAAGGAUAAUAUUGACCCAAAAAGAAGGAAACUGUCCAAGGAAAUUGUUGAUUCCAAGCAUCUGAGAAAAAAGUGGAUGAACAAGAAGAGUCGAAGUGCUGGUAAAAGGAAAGGCAAAUUCAAUGGAGCAGCUGUAAUGAAGAAACAAAUUCCGAAACAAAAGAAACUGCAUGGCAUGCCCAAGAGUACCAAACUCUUGUCAAAGCCUGAUAUAUCUGGUCUCUGUGAUGUUCUACACUUUUCGAAAAAUGUCAAGGCUGUCGCCAUUAGGAUUCUUGAGUAUGUAUUCGAAAAUUACAACAUUAACUGCCGGGAAGUUUCUACAGUGCAGGCAUUUGAAAUAUCUGUGUGUUGGAUAGCAGCUUCUUUGUUGAAACACAAGAUUGAUAGGAAACAUUCACUUGAUCUUGCAAAACGGCAUUUGAAUUUGGAUUGCAAGGAGGAAGAAGCCACCGAUGUUUAUCAUGUACUGAAGAAGUGUGAGAAAGAUUUUUCAAGCUGUUUACAAAAUGAACUUUGUGUUGAGAAAAGUAAUAUAAAUGGUGGUUCAGGCUCCUUGACACCUGAGCUGCAAGAUUCGGUAGAGGAGGAGAAUCAAAAGGGUUUUCAGCGUCCUCAUGUUUUAAAUCUUGUAAAAUCUGCCGCAACCGAACCUGAUCUUCCAAGAAAAUCUCCCACAACAGUGCUAUUUUCACAAGACCAGAUCUAUACAGAAAACAUUCACAACAAACCUUAUGUGACUCAUGAAAUUUCUACAUCUAAAAUCACCCUUGGUAAUAUGUCUGUGGAAAUGGAAGUAGAUGCUUCCAUGGAAUCUGAAGCAGAUGAGAGAAUAAAUGCCGUGAACUCGGUAGCAGCUGAAGUUUCAUCCCUCGAGCAAUGGGAUAAAGUUCCCAAUUCAAGUAAUGAUAUCAAUUAUGUCAGCCCUGUUACAUGUUCUUUGGAAAGACAGAGUCACGUUGUAAAUGCAGAUAUUACACAAUUUGAUGGCAGAGUUUUUAUAGAUCCUCAAACUUUAAUGAAUCAAUUGAUUGACAUUGACAAUUCUUUGAAUAUGUCAACUCAUCCUGCACAACUUCACAAUGUUGAGACAGAUACUGUAACUUGUGAUAGAACUGCUGUUGCUGCUGUCAGACAGCGGCACAGGAUAGUGAAUCCUGUAUGUGGUGUGUCAACUGCUUCAGGGUUUGCUGAGUGUCCUUUACCAUAUAUGCAACCAUCACAUGCUAAUUUGACACCAUUCCCACAGACGUUGUCAGCUAGUCCAUCAUUUAUGGAGGACUUAUCUCGGUCAGUAAUGCCUCUGGAUAGAUUUAUAAAUCAUAAUGGUCGAGAUCAUCGUUACAUACGUGGGUCUGAAGAAAGGUUGCAAGCACUGUAUGAUCCCGUGGAACUGGCUAGCUCUUCCUUUGUUUCGCCUGUGACAUCGCAACCCUCCAGUUAUGCGCCCUGGAAUGGAAAUGCUAUUCAUGUUCCUCAUGACAUCACUAAUCCAGGAUAUAUGAGCAGUGAUCCUUUUCAAGCUCAUUAUGUGACAUAUCAAAUGCCCCAUGUUGCAGACCCAGAUCCACUACUAAUUGAAAUGGAGAGAAUAAGAAAGAUGAAUGAAAGCGCCGUCAAGACACAUGAGGAAAAAAUAUUGCAGCUGCAGUCGGACUACAAAAAGGAGUUUGAGACGUUAUGUGAAAAGCACUGUAUGAUGCUUCAGAACGUCAAUACUGCAGUAGCAUUAAAGAAUAAGGAUCUUGAGACACAGCGUGAUAUCGUUCUCAUGAAUAUGAUAUUAGCUGAUGUUUGGGUCCGAAAUGAUAGUAGUUGGUAAAGAGAUCUGCAGCCCAAUGCACAUAACAUGGUAUAUAUUGUCCUUAAGUAGCAAUGCCCUAGCUGCUCAAAGACUUGAACAAUUUUUGGAAACAUCGAGUCGUAAUUCACCCAUCCAUGUCCACUCCAACGAAGGUGGUUAAUCCUGCAGAAACCCAGGAUUCAGGUCAGCAAUUGGUUCAAAAUUAGUUCAAUUGCAACAUUAGUGACAAGUAGAAAGCACAGGUAAAACAUACUAACAAGUUGUCCAAAGUAAGUUCCAUUUUGAUGACUUUGGUUUUGAAAUCUUCAACCACUUCACCUGGUCGAUGUACUUUGUAUAGAAUUAUGAAUUGAUGUAGUCAUUUAGUGAGAUUAAUGUCAAUGUCUUCGAGACAGUGGAAAUUGUAAGAAACUUGAAGAAUUUUAUUUUGGUGCGACAAGUGAAAUAGCGUAUUAAAAUGAUUAAUUAACUA